AUGCGUGAAGAUGGAACUUACUGCUUCUUUGGCACGCCCAUUGAGAUUGAUGAGGAAGAUGAGCCCCUCAAGAAACGCGUGGCAGCCCACGACCAAAUUGUCACCGACAAGCAGGGCCGGCGUCGCUUUCAUGGCGCAUUCACUGGAGGGUUUAGCGCCGGCUACUACAAUACCGUUGGCACCGCGGAGGGCUGGGCGCCUUCCUCUUUCACAUCAUCGCGCCAACGUCAGCAAGAACAGCCUGGGCGCCAUGCCGCUGCACCCAGUGGCUCGGGUCGUGCGCCCGCCCAAAGCAUCACCGACUUUAUGGACGAGGAGGACAUGGAGGAUUUCGGUAUCGCCCCAAAGCAAGUACGGACCACCGGGGCAUUUGCCGAUCCCGCAGCCGAUGCCGGGCCCCGCAGCAAGCGCAGCAAGCUGCUCACGCACGACUCAAAAGCCAUGGCCUACCUUCAAAAUCUAAUUCAACCAACCAAGGAGAAUAUUGGGGCCAAAAUGCUCAAGGGCAUGGGUUGGCGGGAGGGCCAGGGUAUCGGGCCCCGUAUUCCCGCUCGGCGCCGCACACCGGGCCAUGACUUGCAUCUUGACACCAAACGGCGAGGCAUGGGGGGCAUUGGCGUGGGUGCCUUGGAGGAAGCCGAUGAUGACAUUUACGAGGAUGAAGCCGCCGAGCGCUCCCAGUAUGAUCGCAUCAUGGGUGGCGAGGCACCGGAUUUGAGGCAUCAUCCCGCCCAGCAGCGAUUGAGCGGCCCCGCUCAGCUCGCCCUCAAGGGCCCCAUUGACGAUUUCUCCGGCCCAUCCCGCUUCGCUCUCUCUGGCUUUGUGGCGCCGUCCAAUCCGCUGAAUACAAAAACGCGGCGGUAUGAAGCCUAUAUGCGAGGGCAUCCCGUGCGUGCACGGCACCACAGCGCCAUUGACCACGACAAUGAAUUGCGUGAAUUUCAACAAGCCAAACGUCUCUACAAACCCCUAUCUCGCGUGAUGGCUCUUCGAUUCCAACCUGCGACCAAGAACACUGAGCCAGAGGACCAGGACCGUGGAAAUCGCCGAAAGAGUCGAUGGGAUGAUGUCGGCCGUUUGGAUGCGGACACGUUGGUCGCUGCCGGCUUGACCGCAGCAGCCUCAGCCGAGCAGACUCGGCAAGCGCAGGCCGAUGUGCGUCAAGAUCAGACGGCGCAGCAGGCUCAAAUGCGCGAAGCCCCUCCGCAGCCGGCUCGUGCCGCGGCACUCUCCUCAACUGCCGAGCGAGAGGCCAUCGAACACGAAGCCCAGGCAGAGCUCGAGCGCUUGCCACCUCGGCCCGCGGUCGAUCUUUUUGCUGCUGUCUUCGAUGCCAGCUCCGAUGAGGAUGAGGAUGAUGACGAGGACACUGUAACUGAAGCAAAGGGCAAUGAAUUGGAACAGCCACAAGUGGAAUCGCAGGCACAGGUUCAGGCACCAGCGGCAGCUCAACCUUCGGCACAGCAAGCGGCCAGCGGUGGAGGGGGACAAGGCCUAGAGGUGACUGCAAUUGCUCCCAGCACUAGUUCAGCACCUUCUAAGCUUGGUCAUGGGUCACCAAAUCUAGGGAUCACCCCACCUCCAACCGCUCCUGAGGCUCGCGCCGACCCAGACGCCAGUAAACCCGUCUACGUCAAAGCCUCGCAGCGGCGUGCCGCCCAGGAGGCGCCGCGGUUGACGCUGCAGUCCCACCACCCCUUAGCUACAGGCCUCGCUGUGCCUGUGGUCCGAGCCACCUCCGACAAAUUGGAAAUCAGUUUGCAGCACCUCGGCACACACGACGAGGAUGAUUGGGUUGAAGCGCCGCGCGAGGAUCUUCUCCACAAACUCAAGAAAAGCAAGGAUAAACGUGAGCGCAAGAGCAAAAAGUCCAAGAAGCACAAGGACGACGAUCGCAGCCACCGCCACCGCCAUGAGCGACACAAAAGUGGCAAAAGCAGCCGCCGAAGGGCCGCUAGUACCAAUCAUGAGAGCUCAGAAAGCGAGGAUGAGGCCACCUCACGUGCUCAGGAUCGCCUCCUGCUAGAAAAAUUGCGCAACGCAGGCGGUGUGGCAGCUCUUCAAGGCAGACGUUCUCCUCACUCGGAAUCGGCUCCUGCCCGCCCUCCCGUACCCAAAGAAACGUCGGCGCCUUCCUCCACUGCUCAACAGGCUCGGCCCCGACCCCGUGCCGUGGAUUUCAUGUAG